GGUAGGCUUAUCUGCCCUAUCUCCUCACGUCUUACCGUGACAAUGAUCUAUCCUGCGGGGUGAUUAGGGUGGGAAUAUGUAGCUUCCAGAGCUCGGCCAUACAUAUAAUCAGGAAUCAUCCCUUGUAUCUUGUAUCCUGUGCGUUCGAAGAUCUUAUCCUGUAGUUGUCUCGAAAAAAUAAUAAUAAUUCAUCGAGGGUCCGUUGCUAGGUCGUAACUCGCGAACAAUGACUCAGGCGUUAGAGAUCGCGACGCUCCCGAUGGAGGCUAAGGGACCUUUGGAAAUCCCUACCGACUCGGAGAAAGAGAAAGAGAAAGACGUAGAGAAGGACCCGGCGAUGGUAAUGGACGCAGAGAUCAGUGAGAAGAGUAGCGUUGCGGCCGGCGAGAUUCAGGAUGACGCAGUUCCAAGUUACAGCGAAGAGGAAUACCGUAAACUGAAGAGGAAAGCCGAUAGGUACCUUCUUCCUCUCAUGUGGCUCUGCUACGGCAUCCAGCAGACGGACAAGACGUCUAUCGGAACACAAGCCACCUUCGGUCUCUCGAAGGAUACCGGCUUGCACGGACAGCAGUACUCGUGGCUCACGACCGUAUUUUACAUCACGUACAUGUGUUUCGAGUUUCCCUCAAACAUCAUUCUGCAGCGGUACCUCAUGGGGAGAACCUUGUCGUGUUACAUGCUCUGCUGGGGCGUAGUAGUACUAUGCGUCGGGUUCGCCCAGAACUUCACACAGCUCGUCACGCUGCGGGCCUUGCAGGGCUUCUUCGAAUGCUGCAUCUCGCCCGGAUUCAUCCUCGUCGUCGGGAGCUGGUACACUACGCGCGAGCAUGCGUCGCGAUCACUGGUCUUCCAGAGCGCCAACGCCGGCUUUGGUGUCAUCGCCAACCUCAUCCUCUACGGGAUCGGCUCGGUUCAGUACAAGCGUGGAUCCGAGUUCCAGGCCUGGAGAUACAUGUCUUAUUUUCUUGGAAGUAUGACCAUUCUCGUCGGCUGUCUAUGCCUUUUCCUACUAGGUACGCCAUCCGAAGUACGGUGGUUGUCUCCCGAGGAGAAGAAGAUCGCGAACGCACGCAUCUUGUCGAAUAACACGGGCCAUGACAAGACUGGUAUCAAGAAAUGGAAAUGGAAACAGGCCCGAGAAUGCCUGAUCGACCCAUGCUUCUGGUUCGCUGGUCUCAAUGCGUUUCUGAAUUCUGUGCCUAAUGGUGGCAUAACCGCUUUCGGCUCGAUCAUAAAUACCAAUGCAGGGUUCACCAACUUGCAAGUUAUUCUCCUCGACAUUCCAAAGAAUAUCACGUCUGUGCUGUGGUUCGUCUGUAUCGGCAUUAUUACAAGCAGGAAGAAGAAUCUGCGCCUGUAUUUCAUGAUGGUAUCUGUUAUCCCACCAGUAGCUGGAUUCGCCAUCAUGGCAUCGCUGCCAAACGAGCCUCAGUAUAAGUGGACUAAAUGGACAGGCUUUUUCAUCACUGUCCCCUGUGUAGUAGCGCUCUUCUUGGCUUGGACUCUGAUCCCCUCGAACGUCGCCGGCCGCACCAAGCGUACGCUGACCUCAUCUUUCACCUUUGUUGGAUACUGUGUGGGCAAUAUGGUCGGCUCUCAAAUCUUCAAAGCCAAAGAUGCUCCGAGGUAUAUUCCCGGAACCGCUGCCUGUGCAGUAUGCUUUGGGCUAGAGUUCUUCUUGCUUGUUGCAUGGCGGGUUAUACUCGUUACGAGGAACCGACGACGCGAAAAGCAGCUGGCCGAGCAAGGCAUCAGCGAGGAGGAGAGAAUAGAAAGGGGUAAGCAACUUGGAGAACAGGAUUGUACUGAUUUCGAGAAUCCUUAUUUCCGAUACACGAUGUAGCGUUACCAAAGUGCGAAUAUUCUGGACGCCCAUCCGGCUAUGCCCGGUACCUGAUAUAAGAACAUCUAGAAUCGGACUAGGUAUUUCGUA